CGGUCGCUGCAGAGGGAAUGAGAGAGUAUUUUGCAACGUGCCGUAAAGCAACUGCUGCAAGUUGCUUUGCAUUUUCCUGUCGUGCCUUUUUCGCCAUUCAGCCAAUAGGCUGGUAGUUCCCCUUUACGCUGCUGCUCUCCAGCUGCCAAGCAGGUCUCCUCUGGGAAUCCCUGCCCUUGGAGGGGAAACUGCGGAGUGACCUCUCCAAGCCAUGCCUCUCUUGACUCAAACGGAAACAGGCGAAGAGCAGAACGUUUUGGUAGCAAAUCUCGACAAUGUCAGGAACCUGUCCAAUAUCCUGAAAGCCAUUCAUUUUAGAGAUCACGCCACCUGCGUUGCUACUACAAACGGACUCAAGGUGACAGUGGAAAACGCAAAGUGUUUGCAGGCCAAUGCAUUUAUACAGGCAGGUAUUUUCCAAGAAUUCAUGGUUCAGGAAGAAUCUGUGAUGUUCAGAAUCAACCUGUCUGUUCUUUUAGACUGCUUGACCAUCUUUGGAACAAGUUCUUCCCCAGGAACUCAGACAGCCCUUCGGAUGUGUUAUCGGGGUUAUGGCUAUCCUCUGACGCUUUUCCUAGAAGAAGGGGGUGUGGUAACCGUGUGCAAAAUCAACACCCAGGAACCCGAAGAGAUUCUUGAUUUUGAUUUCUGCAGCACAAAUGUUGUAAACAAAAUUAUCCUGCUGUCUGAGGGGCUGCGAGAGGCAUUUUCUGAACUGGACAUGACCAGCGAGGUCCUACAGAUUACAAUGUCUCCAAACAAGCCUUAUUUCAGAUUAUCCACAUUUGGAAAUGCUGGAAGCGCAUACCUAGAUUACCCCAAAGAUUCUGACCUGAUUGAAGCUUUUCACUGUAACCAGACCCAGACAAACAGAUACAAGAUCGCAUUGCUCAAGCCAUCUAUUAAAGCAUUAGCUUUGUCAUGCAAAGUGUCGAUUCGGACAGAUAACCGCGGCUUUCUCUCAUUACAAUACAUGAUCAGGAAUGAAGAUGGACAGAUCUGCUUUGUGGAGUAUUACUGUUGCCCAGAUGAGGACAUUACUGAGCAAGAAAUAUAGCUGGGAGAUUCAUUUCAUUUGUUAUUUUCUUCCUCUGUUAAAAGCUAUCUAGAACAUUCAGUUCUGAAUGCAAGAAGACUCAUGUUGGUAGGUAUGCAGAACAAUAAGAGAGAGAACAAGAUUCAAGCCUCUCUUGAAUUGUAGAAGCAACAUCUGAAACUAAUUUGGGUUCCUUGGUAGUAGAAAGAUGAAAUAACCUUUCGAACACUUCAUUUGAUACAAUAGGCAUGAUAUUGAAAUGCAGCUUAUUCCUGGUUAUUUAAUCACUACCUCACGUACAACUGUACACCAUUGCUCAAAUAUAACCUUAUAUCUAAUUGCCAAUCCAAGAUUCAUUGAAUUUUCUAUAAAUCUCAUUGUUUUGGAGGCGAGGGUGUCCUUUAGCUGGAACCAAUAAUCAAUGUUAAGUCAAAGUAAUACUACAAUGUCUUUACAGUUCAGGAGAUAGUAAAAAGAAUGGAUAGUCCAGCAGCAUUCUUGGGGAGUCACUUAUUGGAGGCAAAUAGAUUGUGUCUGGGGAAUGUGUAACUUUUCCUAGGACACGAACUUCUGAAUGCUACAGCCAUUUGGAAAAGCACUAAGCUUCCAGAGCACAGAUAAAGUUCCCUAUGAUAAGCAGCAGCCAGUUAUCAGUACAAUUCCUUUUUUCUCCAAACCUGUUUAAAUGGCUGAACCCUGCAGAUUCUCAGUGACAAGCUGUGCCAUGCUGUUCGUGUUAAAACAUCUCUACUCUUUGAUGGGCAUCUUGCUAACUGUAUAACAGAAGUCCAAUAGAAUUAAUUACUGAAAUUGCACAGUUGACUAAAUAUAUAUAAAGGAUAAUAUAUGUUUUCUUUUGUUAUUUGGAAUAUCUUUCCUGGGGUCCAGUGGUUGCCAAUAUCUUAGAAAUCUGGGAAUGAGAAAUUUAGUGUCCCCUUUCUCUUCUGCUUUGGACAUGUAGGCACUUCAUGUACAGUGGAGACCCUGCAGUAAACAAAUAAAGAAUCUUUCAUACUUACA